AAGCGCAUACCACGCCGGGCUGGGCGCCAGCUGCCGUCAUUCAAUCCUCCGCUACCUACUGAUGAUGGAAAGAGCUGCGAAAUACCGACCACAGACAGCCAUACGGGAAGGACUCUCUCAAUGGGCGUUGAAGAACUUUAAUCGUUCUCCUGACACGCCGGGAGUGCGUAACAGCCAUCGUCACUUCGGGAGCUGUCACUGGUGCUUCAAUGACACUUCAAUCAUAUCGAUGGAGGCACCUGGAAAGAAAAUGUUGGCAAAGUGUAUUUGAAAAUCUGUCCAUAAUUUCUGUUUCCUGCAAUAGACAAAUGACAAGCAGCAUUAGAGCAGCUAAUUAUUUUCCAAAUUUGCUUGAGAGUAUUUUUGCUGUAACCGCAUGGACAGCAGAGGCAGAGUGGGCGAUUGGAACCAACAACAGACAAAUGUGGCAACUCAGAUUCUGCCUAACCACAGGAAUUGAGGAAGACUUUAUAGAAGGUGUCUCAUUGCUGUGAUGUGUUGUCCAGUGAGAUAGCACCAGAGGCUACGGGGUAUGAUACAUCCCUACCGUCUAGAGCAUUGAAUGCUGCCACAAAGCAGGAGCAGCUCUUAGCACAUCGUGGGGAAAAUGAUUGGCAGCAGUGGUUUUCAGACUUCAAUAUCGUCGGUGGUGUUGGCUUUUCUUCUUCUACUCAACACGAAAGGGUUAUUUGCCUCUGAGCCACAUCGGCAACUCCGCCACGAUCUUCUCUACAACAGCAGCGUCUAUGACACGUCGAUCCGCCCGGUCAAGAAUGACAGUCACCCCACCGUCGUCGAGAUGCAGUUCUUUGUGGCCCAAGUGCUUGAUGUGGACGAACGGUUGGAAACCUUUAAAAUAAACGCCUGGCUAACAAUGAGAUGGAAAGACGAAUACCUGGUCUGGAACCCAAGCAACUACAAUGGCCUCAGGAAUUUCAAGAUAUCCAAGGAGAAAUUGUGGAUGCCAGAUUUGUGGUUGUACAAUAACGCAGGCAGUCGUUAUGAAGACUACGCCAAGAACUCCAUCUGCAGCGUGUACUACGAUGGCACCGUGGUGUGGCAGUCGCCCUCAAUCAUCAAGACACACUGCCAAAUGGAUGUCACUAACUUUCCGUUCGACAGGCAGACAUGUUCAGUCCAGUUCGGUCCCUGGCAGCACGGAGCCGAUGAAAUUAUUCUCGAGGGAACCGGUUCUGCCGAUCGCUACCUCCGCAGCUCAGGCGAGUGGUCACUGAUGCACUUCAACGCCUCCAAUGGCGUGGAGGGCUAUCAGAUCUACCCGGACGACCCGGAGGUAAUGUUCACCUUUGUGACGUACUCGGUGGAGCUGCGGCGGAUCCCAACCUACUUCGUCUUCUACCUGAUCAUGCCCUGCGUCCUGAUCGCCUGCACCACGCUGCUCAGCUUCUUCCUGCCGGCCGAGUCUGGGGAGAAGGUCAGCCUGAGCAUCACCGUGCUGCUGUCGCUGACCGUGUUCCUGCUGCUGGUGGCCGAGCUGCUACCGCCUUCCGGUGCGGUGCCUAUCAUUGCUAUCUACUAUGCCUCUACCAUGGUCAUGGUGUCGUUGUCAUUAGCUAUGUCUGUCGUAGUUCUAAAUCUUCACCAUAUGGGACCUGCACCACAACCAGUUCCGCAGUGGCUACGCAGGCUCAUAUUUAGCAAGUUUGGCAGAUUGAUUUUGAUGAGAAAGCUGGCGACCCUGAACCAAAAGCUCGACUCCAAGAACAAUAACGGCUGCGCGGGCAAGCGACGCCAUAAGAGACCCCUGAGAAAGCUCUUUGCAAACGUGGAGCUGAAGGGCACCUUUGAGAACGAUCACGUCGUCGGGACUACCGUCAGCGUGGACGGUAACAGCUCGUCCUCUGGGAACGAGAGAGAAACGCGUAAGCGGCGCUGCCCCUUAGGUCAACACAUGAGGGCGGUCUCCACGCCUGCCAUUCCUUCAUAUCCUGAGGACAGCUCGCAGCAAAUGACAAUGCUGCGGCAGAUCUUGGACGAGUUCAAAUGCAUCCGCGAGACGUUCGAAGCGAGGGAGAGGGAGGAGACGAUGAGGGCCGAGUGGAAGCAAGUCGCCCUGGUGAUUGACCGCAUCUUCAUGGUGCUGUACGUGAUUGGCAUGCUGGCGACUCUUUUCAUCAUAAUUGGCCACAUAACAUGAAACUGCCGUUGCCUUGUGAGUUGAUCAAGUCUCAUCUGUAUCACGUGAUAACAAAAUCGUCUUCCAGAAACAUGAUUAGAAAAAUUUGAAAACUUAUGUGGUUUAUUGAAUUCUAAUGUUUAAUGACAACAACAACGUCGACUAUUUUGCAAAUGAAUUUUUUGUUGAAAAGUUGUCAAAUGUGAAAUUUUCCACAUUCAGUAUGUGCCACAUUUAACAUUGAAUCACACCACAGUUUGUUUGAAGUACCACAGAAACUAAUCUCAUCGAAGAUUAAUUUUUCUCGAGCAAAACUUGCAGAAAUUGAUGCAAUAUAUGACACCACCUCAUUGUGUUAUAAACGACCAAAUUCCGAUCAAGUUGUAAUUACAAUUCCAAUAAUAACACAGCCUUAUUGUUUUCGGAGAAGCGACAAAUCGGCAACGAUUCUUUUUAAUAUGCAUCCGUUGUAAUUAGCUUAUAAAGAGAGCGCCCUCUCGGGUUUCAGGGCAUUAAGGCUGAGUUCGGGCUGCUUGUUCUCGUAUGUUCAUAAACUGCUCGAUAUUGUUAUUCGUGGGUUGGCAGCUCGUACACCGGGAAAGUAAAACUGGUUAUCGCUGGUAGUGGUACUACAAGAAAAAUGGCGGCGUCCAUUACGUUCUUGUAGGGUUGCUUGGAUAACUGGGCUGAACUCUUUUCUAUUUAAAAAGGAACAUUCAUUUUGUGUUGUGGAAAAUUAAUAUUGCUCAUUUUGCAAGACUCACCAUUGUCUCCGGCUUUGUAAGCCAUCUCGUUGUCUCUUACGGCUGUACAAAACUCAAAAUUCCGAGUGUUCCAGUAAACCCUGACGAGGAGGUGGUGUGCGAUCCUGUUCCGAGCACAGUGUUCUAGAGUCUAAGUUUCUUUCCGCCGUUCGAGGGCGAGAACAAGAAAUCCGUGUCAAGAACAGGUCGCCCAAAAUGGACAUAAGAUUCCCUUGGUGAGACUGUAGAGGGCGCGGCUCUGUCCGGGAUAACAUGAAAGUUGAAAGAGUCCGUUUACCCCGCGUGUAAAUAUUUGUCAGUCUUUUUAACAACAGUUUGAUUCCUUCUUUAACUCGUUUGGAUCAUGCGAGUAGACUACGCUUGCGCAAAAUGAUUCCCAUUGUGGGGAUAUACACAUUUCGACCAAGAUAUAUCAAUACCUUGCAGGUCAAGAUUUUUUUAAAAUUCAUUUCUUACUUCUAUUCAUUUGAUCAUUUCCAUUGCUUGGAGCAACUGUUCAUCAUUGUGUUCAUCACACGCCGUGCUUUAUGUUGGUCUUGGGAUGAUAAAAGGAUGGACACAUUUUAGCUUUGAAGUGUUAACGUGAGGCGUCCUGUUCUUUCAUUUUUCUGUUUACUUUGUCUUCGUGGGAUGCAGAGCCAUUGUAUACAGCCAAAAGAGUGACCAUCCAUAGGAGAAUAUGUAUGUCUCUGCAUAAUUGUGGCACCUAUUUGUGCGAAGAAGUACUUGUCUCUGAGUACCUACGGCUUUCAUUGAUCACUAAGCCACAGUGGUGGCUCAUCGAAGGCUCAUUUGAACCUGUCCCGCUGAUAUCGGAAGAGGGCGCAUGGAAUGACUUCCUAAGGCCAACAGAUGGAGCUAUCUGUUACCUGUAAAUUGACUGUUCUUGAUUGGCUGUCCACAUUAAUUUUCGUUUAGUAAAAAAAAAGAUUUAUACUCUAUUUUGUUGUUUUCAUUGUUCGAUGAUUGAUUGUUUUGCUUUAAUCCGUGCAUAAUUAAGGAGCUGUAUAUUUUUUUGUGAUUCACUAUCAUUUUUGACUGGGGUGCAAUUUACAGCACACACUGUACAUAAAAAUGUUUUGGUUUUUAAUUCAAAGGCCCCUAGAGUUAGAAUCGACCGGAUCGAUAUUCUUUGCCAAAGUUUAUUAAGUCAAAUAGUUUCUUUAAGUUUUGAACACAGAAUAUGUGGAUAAUUCUCAUUAGUAUUUGAUGUUUUUUGAUAAGGAGAAACUUGAAACUUGAACAGAAAUUACAAAACCUUCUUACCCGUCCUAGAGCAUCAAGAAAUAGUAGGCAUUGGGGGAGGGGCAAAGGGGUACUUAACCCCCCCCCCCAAAAUGGAAUAAAAAUCACUAUUGAGCCGACCCCCUUUUACUGUUAAUGAUGUGUCAAUUCAUUGUUGACGAGCGCCUUGCCCGUCCCGGAAAGUUUUCCUCCUUGGAAAAUGUGCUUGGGCUCCUGGGCCUGGCCACGCCAUUACAUGAAUUUGUGAAAUACGUAAUGACAAGCAUGUAACGUCUUGCAUGUUUCUGUCCCUUAAUCUAAGACAUCUUAAGUGACUUGACUUUGACACUAUAAGUCCCUUGUUACAAAUUGACUUUCUGAUUUUAAUUUCCAUUGAUGAAAAGUUGUUGUCAUUGUAGCUGACGGACACAUAACUAUAAACGUGAUGUUUUACGCUAUUUACCAGUACCUUGUCAGUAUAUUCCAUUUUGUACGGCUGUUUUCAGUCAGUUGUAUUAAUAAAAAUGGCUGGUUUUUCCGGCACCCAUGUUUCA